GGAGUGGCUGGGGACAUCCCCCUGCUGAGCGAGCCACAGGAUAAAUACUUCCUCCCUGAGUGACUCCAGGCAGACAGCCCAGCCUGGCAGGAUGGACACAGCCGCAGCCCGCAGGCACCCAGGUAAGGAGCAGCUGCUCGCACUUUUGGGGGGGGGAGGUGGAUGGCGGGGGCACCUGGUAUGUUUCCCUUCAAGGCAGCUUUUUUGUCAGUCUGCCACAAAGAGGCUGAUUUGCUGGGGGCUCCAUUCUUGGGACCCCCCCAACAUAAUAUGUUGUUGGGGGGGUCCCCAGAACAGAGCCCCACACACACAAAAAACCAACAACCCUCACUGUUUCUAACUGGUGCUGGUGACAUCCUGUCUUGCUGCCAGGCGGGCUGGGACAGGCGCUGUUGGGGUUGGACUGGGGAGCUGGCGGGUCAGUCCCAGCCAGCACCGCCUUUGCCACAGCGCUUAAUUGCUUAUGGGGGGGGGUCAGCGCAGUGGUUGCACUCAAUCUGUACGCCAUGGUCCCUGCCCCCCAGAGCUUCCAAGCAAAACCAAGAGCAGUGGAAGGGGAAACUGAGGCCCCGAGGGGCAGUGAGUGGGCAGGGGUGAGAAUAGACCCCUGGCUGCCAGCCCAGUGCUCUAGCCAUGCUGCAGCUCCCAGCCUGCCAUGCCUCAGUUUCCCUAUGUGUGAGAUGGGGGAAUCACAGGUGGUCAGUGACUGUGCUCAGAUGGGGGAGCCAGGGACAGCAGGGAAAUCAUAUAGCGCCAAACUCCUCUGAAGGGCAGAAGCGAAGGGGCUGGAGGAUGUGUUCCCAGCUCCUCCCCCCCACUCCUGCAGUUUGGUUUGCGGGGACAGGCUCAACUGUGAGGCCUUCGAGAGUAUCUCUUCCAUCCCCUGCCCUGCACGCGGCCCAUAUGUGAGGAACAACAGCCAUGAAGGUGUGGUGGGGGGGUGGCGGGGCAGGGAGGCAGGUGGCUGCUUUGGUUACAUGGGUGCAGAGCUUCCAAGGGGUUCAGCUGCCGAGCCGCCAUUGAGUUCAGUCCUUUGGGGGUCUGGGCCCUCGCAGCCCAUCCUGUGUCUGGAGGGUAAGAGGCCGGGGCAGCCAGUAGGGGCCCAGUGCUGGGACGGAGCCUGGAGGGUGAGGCAGAACAAAGGAGCAGCAGGGUGAAUGCAGGGCUGGGGGCUUAGGGUAUUUAGCAAGCCAAGCCCUGGCCACAAAGCAUGGAGCCCCCUGUUGUAUCAUUACCCCAUUGUACAGAUUGGGGAAACUGAAGCACAGUGACAGGAAGGGUCACACAGCAGCAGAGGCAGGAUGAGAACCCAGGCCACCCUUCCAUAGAAACAGGCUAAGCCCCCCUGCCUCUAGGUGGGGCACUGUGGCUUGGAGCACCCCAUGGGCAGGGCAGGCUGCUUCCAUUCCCCACCCCAGCCAAGCCAAGCCAAGCUAAUGCUGCCUUCUCUUGUGAUCCCAGGUGUGAUGGGAGCUGUUCCCUGGCUCCCUCUAGUCCUCCUCUGCGGCUGCAGCCACUUCCAGAGCUCAGAUGCAGCUUCCAGCCUGCGCCCAGAGAUCAUUACGCCCCUGAAGCCCGUGAAAAGUCCCACUCUAGGGAAAUGGUUCAGUGUCAGCUGCCAGGCUCAGAGCCCCUUCCCGAGGAUGACCCUCAUCUACUGGCUGGCAAACGGCUCCUUCGUGGAGGACCGAUACCCGGACGAGGCAGUGAGCGAAGGGGACGUCCUAACAGAGCCCAGGGGCACCAGGGUGCUCCUGACCCGGGAGCUGCUCUUCCGCUCCUUCUCCUGGCGGGACUGGAGCACCUCGUUCCUGUGCAUGGUGAGGAACCCAGCGGGGCUGGAAAAGGGACUGGUCCACUGGGACCCUGAGCCGACAGCCCAGAUCUCCGAGCCGCAGCAGGAGACAAGGCAGGACGUCCAGACCCUGACAAGCACCCCCACCAUGGACUGGGCCGAGAGCACGAACUGAGCACAGGGACCGCAGCACCGGCCCCCGAGAGGCAGCGAUAUUGUGCCCAUGGCGGCCAAGCUCCACUUCCCUGGCAAAGCCCUGCCAGCCUCCCUCCACGGCCCAGCUGCCUUCCCCUGCCCCCUCUGUGUCUGCUUGGAGCCCUGCAGGGCCACGGCGCGGCUGCCCCAGAGGCCAGGGGCUGGCUAUAGCCCCACCCCAAACACACUGCAUGGUGAGGGAGGCUGCCACAGGACUUGCCCUUGGGCCAUGGCCUGGGAAAGGCCGCCCUUCCCCCCUCCACUGCUCUGGCAGGAUCAUUCUCAACCCUAGUGACCAAAGCCACCCCCUGCUGCCAGCCCAGCCUACGAGUGAAGAGCAGGGUCCCUUCAACAGCUGCCAGCAAUGCCCUGCCCGUGACAUGCCUGGGGGGCAGCACCAGCUUGGGGCAGAGGCUGGGAGACCAGCACCCGCUGGCCUGUGGCUGCCAGCUCUCCCCCCACUUCGCACAGUUUCUAUUAAAUAAACACACAACGCUCUGCC